AUGGCUAGAAGGCACAGUAGUGAAUUGAGCGAUAAAGAUAAGAGGUACAGAAGUAAAAAGAAUCCCAAGUCGAACAAUCGUGGCAAGGAAAUCAAUUCUUCAGGUUUUGAUGAUAGAGAAUAUUGUCGAAAAAGAAAGGACUUGGAUAUUGAUGAAGGUUAUAGAACAAAGCGACAUGAGCAUCAUAGGAAGGAAUCUCGAAACAAUGAGCGAGAUGGCAAUUCAAAACCACGUCAUGGACGCUCUAUAUUGCAAGAGGGAAACCGAAACCUGAACACUGAUGCGUUAGGUUCGGGAAAGAGAGAUCCAGUUUACGUUCCGCCUUAUAAGUUGGCCCGAAUGAUGAAAGAGGUCGAAGAUAAAAGUAGCAUCGAGUAUCAGAGGCUGUCAUGGGAUGCCCUAAAAAAGAGCAUCAAUGGGGUAGUAAACAAGGUCAAUGCUGCCAACCUAAAGAAUAUCAUCCCUGAAAUCUUUUCGGAGAAUCUCAUUCGCGGUAGGGGUCUCUUCUGUCGAUCCAUUAUGAAGUCACAGAUGGCAUCUCCGGCAUUCACAGACGUUAUUGCGGCCUUGGUUGCUGCUGUCAACACCAAGUUUCCUGAAGUCGGACGGCUAUUGUUGAGAAGAAUUGUCCUCAAUCUUAAGAUAGCAUUCAAGCGGAACGACAAGACACAGCUACUAGCUGCAGUUAAAUUCGUUGCUCAUCUUGUAAACCAGCAAGUGGCUCAUGAGAUUGUAGCACUGGAAUUGCUCACUGUGCUACUUGAGAACCCUACUGAUGAUAGUGUUGAAGUUGCUGUUUCGUGUGUGACAGAUUGUGGCUCAAUGCUUCAAGACCUUUCACCAAAAGGGCUGCGCGGCAUCUUUGAUAGGUUUCUGGGGAUUCUUCAUGAAGGUGAUAUUGACAAACGAGUACAGUUUUUGAUUGAAGGCUUAUUAGCUUUAAGGAAAGCCAAGUUCAAUGGGCACCCUGCUGUUCGUCCAGAGUUGGACCUUGUAGAGCAAGAAGAUCAGUUCACCCAUGAGGUGUCUCUCCAAGAUGAGAUGGAUCCAGAAGAUAGCCUCAAUAUUUUUACAUUGGACCCUAAUUUCCUUGAGAAUGAGAAGCGCUACGAAGAAGUGAAGAAAACAAUACUAGGUGAAGAGGAGUCUGAAUAUGGCGAUGACGACAAUGAAUCUGAAGAAGAAGAAGAGGACGAAGAGCAGCGCAUGCAAAUAAAAGAUAAGACAGACACAGAUCUUGUCAAUCUUCGAAGAACUAUAUAUCUGACCAUCAUGAAUAGUCUAGGUUUUGAGGAAGCAGGUAAUAAGCUCCUUAAGAUUAAGCUCGAACCAGGCCAAGAGAUGGAGCUAUGCACUAUGCUCUUAGAAUGUUGCCGUCAGGAGAAGAAGUACAUCCGAUUUUACGGUCUCUUGGGACAGCGGCUCUGCAUGAUCAAAAGAGUCUACCAGGAAAACUUUGAGAGAUGUUUUGUACAGCAGUACUCGAUGAUCCACCGCCUCGAAACAAACGAGAUCCGCAAUGUUGCUUCAUUUUACGCUCAUUUACUCUCAACAGAUGCUAUUACAUGGUAUUGCAUAGCCUAUAUGCGACUAACCGAAGAGGACACCACUUCAUCUUCUCGGAUUUUUAUCAAGAUCCUUUUCCAGGAGCUGUCGGAGGCGCUUGGCGUUCUUAAGCUUAAUGAACGGCUCCAUGAUCCGGCUAUGCAAGAAAGUAGUGAGUCUAUUUUGCCUAGGGAUAAUCUAAGGAACACGAAGUUCGCCAUAAAUUUCUUCACUCAAAUAGGGCUCGGUCCCCUCACUGAGAACCUGCGUCGUGUGUAUUCGGAUCAACGGGCACAGCUAAUUAAGCAACAGCAAGAAGCAGUUUCUGAUUCAAAAUCGGAAUCUUCAAGUAGAUGA